AUGCAAGGACAAAGAGCUCAACGACGCCCUAGGGGCAAAUAUGCGCGUUUAAUCUGCCGGGGGUGCCGAGCUCGUAAAAUCAAAUGCGUGCUGGCUUGCCCACUGGCCUCAUUAGGCCCACUGGGUACUCCACAACCCCCGGCAACAUGUUGCGAGAGAUGCCGCAAUCUCGAUCUCGAAUGCAUUGUCGAGAGCAAUCCUCUAGGCCGGCCAGCAACGAAACGCGCAAAUCGCGGAAAUUUGGCCAGCAAAUCGCCCCAGCCAGACACUUCCAAUUCCCCGCGUCCAAGCCCCCAACACGAGAAAGCGGCCAAGCUCUCCGACUCCAUUCAGCACUAUCUCUUCUCGGGCGCGAUACUAGACGACCAUUCCAUGCUGCAGGAAUUGCCGGAUGCCACGGAGUCUACAUCCGAUGCCGACCGUCUUUACCAUGCCAUGGCCAACACCAGCACCUUUAUCGCGGGGGUGUUGGCUAAGGAUGCUUCUUUCGGCUCCACCAUUCAGCUGGUGUCUACUUGGAGCACUUCUCUGACAGAUACAGUGAGCCAGGAUCUCGCUGCCACGCUUGACAAGCUAUUAGUUUGGCAACGUCUCUUCGUGAUUGGCACACCAAGCCUGCUACACCUGAGAGAGCGCUUGUUCUCCACCGAUCCUAAUACCAAUAAUGUGGCCACCAAGCUGCUAUUUUCAGUCCUUUGCUUGGCUGCCUGUGAAAGUUCAGAAAGUGUUCGCCGUCAGAACGGAUCCCUCCGAAAUACUCUACUGCAGGCCGUUUCGUCAUACGGCCAGGACUUCAUCUUCAGUCCUCCUACACACAUAGACUCCGUUGCUGUCUGUCGCUUCUUAUCGGCGUUCAAGCCGACCGCCUUGGCCACGUCUAAAAGAGUUGCCAGUCAAUCCAUCAAAGCCGAGCUGUAUCUGACUAUAGCAUAUCGGAUCGCAGAGCGGCUAGGAUUGUUACCUGAGCCAGGAGCCAUACCAUUUCUGGAUACGACUGCCACCGACAGUGUAGUAAUGGAGCGUGAGCUAGUCCUAUCAAUCCAAGGCCUUGAAAUUACAGCCGAGGAAUUUCUGAUGGGUGACUUUUUGACUAUGACCCUGCAAGGUUUCCGACAGGUUCUUCAACGGAUGCAACCUCAUAUAGACUCCUAUCAAAUGUUCCUGGAAACACACUCCUGUUCACCAGUCAUUAUCUUCCAUGUCAAAUGGAUUACAGCCACAUAUAUGCAAAUUGAGGCAAUGGCAAACUCUAAGCAGUCCUGGAUGAGCCCCAGUCGGUUGUUCAUCGUUGUCGAAGAGGGCGAAAAGAAAUGCCUCGCAGAGGUUAAUUCUGCCUAUCAUUUAUUAUCAGAGGCAGCCAAAGAUGAACGGCAGAAUGAGGUUGUUAUCAUAUCCUCACUGCUGGAGCUGCGCUUCCAUGCCGUUAUUGCCAAAAUUUUUGGCCUCGGGCUUUUCUAUAUAUCGGUCUGGAAAGCAAGAAUGGAAAAGGAUCGACCACAAAAGGGCACUAAAAUUUACCCGGAUGAAGCGAGUCAGAUGGGCAACACCGUCAUUAAUUUCAUGAUGACAACACCUGACUCUCAAAGCGACUCGCACUUUUUCAAGUUCUUGCGUCAAUUUGGGGGAAGGUAUCCAGACAAGCUGCAAGGAAUUCUAGCCAAAUUCAUUGAGGGCGCAUCAAUGAAGCACGGUGGCAUUGACUACAUUGCGCCAGUUCGGCCAAUCGUAAUCGAGGUUGUUAAUCUAUGUAAGAAUAUAGUGGAAAACAACCUUAUCCGGUUGAAGGGCUCCGGAAGGUUGCAUCCCAACUUUGACAAACAGCUCGAUCUUUUCAAGCAGUGCGCCGAUGCGCUGGUUGCCAUGGUGUCCCAAUCAGGAAACUAUCCGGAGGUUGCCUUUAGAAGCGGCUGUAUGUAUAUCGCAAGCAGCAAAAUGCUCAACGGUCUGCAGGAUUUGAUGUAUACUCUGAAACAGCAGUCUUAUACUGUCAGAAAGUAUGAUGAGGCUAUGGGAGUGGUGGAUACCCCGGUAAAUACGACUGAGCCCUUCGCAAUGCCAAACGUGCAGUUCAGUUCCUUUGAGGCAUGGAACAUGUGGCCAUAUCCGAAUACGAUGCACGGUGCCUUUCAACCGGGAGAUAUUCUUGAUUGGGGUCAAUUGUCUAGCACCAUAUGGCAACCAGACCCAAUGACAGAUCUUCCUGACAGUGCCAUAAGACUGCCGGGUACGGCUGCUAGGUUCGAAAGCAGCAUGCCACCGUUUCACGAAUGA